GGUAAAUGCGAGUGAAAGCAGGAGCCGCGCCCUCUGCUGAGCGUCGGGGUGGAACCGUAGAAGUUGGAAGUUGGAACGAGUAACGAGCUAACGAGUAGCGUCCGGAGGCUGGGGACUCCGGGAUCUGGAUAGUAGAGCGAUAGGCUAUAUGGAGCCGUGUGGCAUCGCACUCGCGCAGUCAGAGUGCUACGCUCGCUCGUACGAGCCCGAGGACAAGUGAGGCCUGAGAAGCCGUGGACGAGUGUCGCUCGACAACUGGCGCAGUGCUUGGUAUUGCGAGUGCCGCGGCGCGGAGGUGCUCCGGUCGCCGCCAUGCUCCGUGCAUCGCCGUGGCCCACGGACAAAAGUGCCGGACCGAAGGCGCCAGAGCAAGUCUUUGACGUCCGCGAGCUCGGUGGUGGGCGAGUGUGAUCGCUGGCCCUGGUGCUGGUGUUUGUGCUGGUGCCGCAUGUGUGCGUGCGCGCGCGCCCAAAGCGCCAGGAGGGAGGAUCCAUCGACGUCGUCGUCGUCGUCGUCGUCGUCGUCGUCGUCGUCGUCGUCGUCGUCGUCGUCGUCGUCGCCGUUGUCGUCGUCUUCGUCGUCGCCGUCAUCGUUAUCGUCGCCAUCCGGGGCCGCGGUGGUCGUUGAGCACGGGACCAAAUUCGGUCCCAUUCCCCGUGAGAAUGUGCCGAACUCCGCGCUCUCGAGAGCAAUGAGCAUCGCCAGCAACAUCGUCGUCGAGUGGCUGCACUCGCUACACCUCGGCGAGUACGCCGAGUCCUUCGUCGACAACGGCUACGACGACUUGGAGAUCUGUAAGCAGAUCAGCGAACCGGACCUAGACGCUAUUGGCGUCUUCAAGCAAAGCCACCGUCUGAGACUCCUUCAGUCUGUUAAGAGGCUGCGCGAGGAGGGGGCCGCCAGCGUCUACUUCACCCUCGAGGAGAGUAGCGCCUGCCUUUGCGAGGCCAGCCGCGAGGAUUUGUCCCCGGGCGCCGUUGAUAAGGAGCCGACCGGCGCCCCUCCUCAUACAGGGGCCAAAUUCCUCGACGAGUACGAGGAGGGCAAGGCCGAGCUCGUACGUAUCCCGAGGAUGCAGUUGCGGCUUUUGCUGCAAGAGAAGCUGCGAUCCGACGGCAUUCGGCUGGCCUGUCAGCCCUACANGACACCGGACGGUGAACGUGGAUACCUAGAAGGAUUAGCAUCGCGAUAUGCAGACCUUUUGAGAACACAUUAUGGCGAUGUUCUUGAGCCCCUCGAAGAGUUACGACGCCGUGAAACAAAUACGUCUCCCAGAAUGUCUAAUACUCAACUCACUACAAGUCACUCGCAGCCUAUUUACAUUCCUGGAAAAUAUUCGCCAUCGAGUUGCUUAAGUGAUAAAGAAGAAGAUGAAAUCUACGGUUUUGGAUAUGGAGUUUUUGGUCGUCAAAUGUUACAACAAAGACAACAAAAGCUUGCGCUGGUCACACAAAACAUGGCAUUGACUAAUAGUAACGUUCACCAGCAACAAUCUGUUUACCAGAGUUGUUUGAGUCCAAGGUCCGCAUUUUUUUACGAGUUUCCGCCCAAUGAACAAGGACAAAAUACGAGUAAGAAGAAAACAACGUUUUCAAGGAUUUUAAGAGGUUUAAAGACACAUCGAAAAGAAAAACAUGGCCAAGUACAUAAUUCACCUCGUCAUCAAUUACCCCGAAUGGGUGUACCACAACGAGUUGAUACACCGGAUAGCGUUUUACAAAGCGGCCUCGGGAUAACUUCGGAUGUGGGACACACUGUGCUGCGUUCAAUGGUUGAUCCUCGUGAUUACGAUCGAGUCAAAUAUCUGCAAACAAAUGGAGGCCCAACUAACAGUUUUGAAGAAACCAUACAUAGGUUGAAAGUGCAGGAAGCAAUGAAGAAAAAAGAGCGAUUCAACAAAGAGCAUGAGCAGAUUCUACGGGACAUCCGGCAAGGAUUAAUGCAGUUAGGGCGAGAUGGUCAAGGACAAUAUCCAGGAGAUGAUACAUACAUGUACGACGAAGAGGCAAGAUGCGGAGACUUAAGAACAUUAGAAGUGGUAGGUGGAGGAAUCCAACACUGGUACGAUGAACCUCCAUAUGAAUCCGAUCCUGAAGAUUUUUUGAUGGGAUGUAGUAGCAGUGAAGCAGAUACAAGUACAGCCGUAGAAAAUGACAGGGGCUGUUACACAAUGAAUGUUACUGCGGAGAAUCACAAAGAAAGUAUCAUUUCAUUACGCACAGCUGGUGAUAUAAGCCUACCAAAAGGGCGAUCACGAAAAAGCCAAUCCACUAUGAGGGGACUAAUUGUUCCUCAAGGACAUAAUAAUCCGCCUACCAUAAUACCUUUAACGCAUUCGAGAGCUUCGCGAGAAAGCGGCGAAUAUGCCAGUAGCGACCUACAGAGUCGGAGUAGCGACGAAGAUGAUAACGAAGAAUCACCUCGAAGCCAAAGUACCGAUUAUGAGGAUACGGAAAGGAUUAGGGUAGGAACUGGCAAAUGGCAAGCUAAGAAGCGUUUGAACAUACCAGCAAUAUCGGCACUGGAAAAUUGUGAAAAUGAGAUAAGGGUUGUAGGCGGUAAUACUAAAGUUAACGUAAGUGCAGCUGCGAGUGGUAUCGUUGGCCGAGCAAGGACUCUUCGCCAAGAUGUUCAACGGAAAAUUUCACGACUAAGGCAGCAGCGCAGCUCGAUAAGCGAUGCAGCUUUUCCGUGCAGUGCAAGUAGCGUCGAGAGUCUCCCCAGCGGUAGUGGCUCCAGUAGCACUCAAGCCCUCGUGCGCGUCGAUAGUAAUCACAGUUCCAUAUCCUGCGAAGAUCGAGAGUCGAAUAGUUCACAGCGUGUUGAGUUGCAGCCACCAACGGCAUCGAGCACAUCCUCGAGUACUUUUGGCCCGAUGCCAGUACUCUGUCGUGCUAGAGCUCUGGUCGAUUGCAUGCCUAGUCCUUAUGACAAAGAGGCUUUGGCUUUUAAAAAGGGCGAUACGAUCGAUGUACUACAGAUGAAUAAUAGUGGUCUUUGGAAAGGUAUGGUGCACAAUCGUUUUGGCCAUUUUAAAUUUAUAAACGUUGAAAUUUUGAACGAACGCUUCACUCGACGUGGAAAAUGGGGGCAAAAAUAUAGGCAGAAACCAGGUUCCGUACCUGAGCUUCUACAGCGGAUGAAUUUAAAGGAGUACAUAUCUAUAUUUUUACUGAAUGGUUACGAAGAUCUUGAAUUAUUUCGAGAGUUGGAACCAGCCGACCUUGACUAUCUACGUAUCCAGCAACCUGACCAUCGAGCCAAGAUUCUCACAGCUGUACAACUACUACACGAUUUACAAUCGGGUAGCGAGGGCGAGGAAUUAGCCGGAUCAAGUUCCGACGAAGUGUCCAGCAUUGAUUUUGGUGUAUCGCGACUGGGGAUAGGAAGAAAACAAUAUCAACGAUCAGAAAAUAAUCUUAAUGCCGAGUCGACAGAUAAUAAAUCGACUGAAUUUCAAGCCAACGUUCCACUUCAUCUUCCAGCACCAGGCACCUCGAGCUGCAUUGGUGCUCCGAUAGAUCAGUAAUUUUCUGUUCUAAUCAUUAUAUAAUCACUUAUCUCGCCGUCCUAUCUCCUUGCUAGUUACUAGCUGCUCUUGUGAUAAUUGUAAUUUUAAUAGCACAAAACGUUAGGACUGAAGCAUAACACUGUCAUCAUAAAAUAUAUCGAUAUUUUGAUUAACAAUACAAUUUAAUCGUUUUCACUCUUCCAAUACUACGACCUAAGUGUUUUUACAUAAUUAAUAAAAAUACAUAGAUAAAGACUGUACUUAAACUUGCUUACUAUUAAAAUAUUUCUAAUAUUCGUUUUAACUUUUAUAUGACGUUCGUAUGAAACAUUUUUUUUAAAAUAUUUAAACGUUUUGUGCUAUUACGAAAAUGACGAAAGGAAGAUUAAGACAAUCUCCGCCCUCGGGUGCGUAUAACCCGAAUAUGCCAUAAUCGCCGGUGUAGUAAAUUGAGAAUCAAAAAGUUCUUGAUCUAUGUAUCAUCAUAUUUUGUAUAUACCACCUUUAUUGCAUUCUUCUAUAUCUUUAAUUUUACAAUACCUUGUAUUAAAGCUACCUUUGCCAAAUUUCUGACUAGAUUUUAAGAACUAACAAUGUAUGUGAUGAUACUGUAACACAGCAAACGGGAUCUUUUGUACAUCUUUGUACAGUGUAAAAUUUAAAAUUAGUAUUAAUACAUAAUUAUUGUUUUCGUCUUUCAUUAUCAUC